AUGGGGGUUUUGGUUAAAGGAACAGUUAUUGAGCAUGAAGACUGGAACUGGGAAGCCGGGCAACCCAACAACUACGAGAAUUCACAAGACUGUGUAGAGCUUUUAUCUGAUUUUGGAUACAAAUGGAAUGACAGGAAGUGUUUGAGAAAAUGCCAUGUAAUCUGUGAACAGAUAUUAAUAUUUUUAUUUGAAACAAACCUAGAGAUGGAUGUGUUGGAGUAUAGAGCAGUUCUGGUAUGGAAGAUAUUUCCACCUUUUCUGCUACUCUUUGGUACAUUUGGAAAUUUGUUGACGAUAAUCGUGUUAACGCACCGAAGAAAUCGAAAUACGUCGAUUGCGAUAUACCUAACCGCACUAGCAGUCUCAGAUUUUCUCGUGCUUUGGACAGGCCUUCUGAGACAGUGGAUAAUUUACACGUUUGAUAUAGAUAUUAGAGCUCAGUCGGCAUUUGGGUGCAAAUUACAUUUGUUUUUUAUUUAUGGAUCCCUUUUGUGUUCAUCUUGGUUUUUGGUCGCCGUAACUAUAGAGCGUUUUGUUAGUGUGUGGUUUCCAUACAAAGUAAAACUUGUGUGCAGCUUGAGGAACGCGUGUGCCGUAAUUACACUAAUUGUGAGUGUUAUUUUUCUUUUGAACAUCCAUUGGCUUUAUGGCGUUUAUCUUGCACCAGUUCAAAGAUCAAGCAACAUCACAACAAAGUUUGCAUGCGACCUUGUUAAAAACACAGAGUACCGAGAAUUCUUUGUGUAUUACGAAUGGAUAUAUUUAUAUAUAUUUUCUCUGGUUCCUUUAACAGUACUUACGUCAGCAAAUAUUUCGAUUAUUGUCCGUUUAAAAACAAGGAUACAAGUGGCACCAAAUAAUGGAACAUUGGCUGCAAGAAGGAAUAACGUUUCGCAAUUAACCAUAAUGCUGUUGAUAGUGAAUACGAUGUUUAUUAUUUGUACCCCUCCGAUAUCAAUCUACAACAUUUGGGAAGCUCGGUGUAAAGCAUCAGCAAAAACAAGUCACGAAAAAGCUGCUCUUAAAGUAACCUGGGCUGUAGUCAACUUGUUAAUGUAUCUGAACACAACACUAAAUUUCUUUCUUUAUUUUCUAAGUGGGUCGAAAUUCCGGAAGCAAGUCAAAGACUUCUUUUGUCGCGGGCGGAACCGCUUUCGGACAAGCAUUACACAACCAACUGAUGAAACCUGA